AUGGAAAUAAGUGGUGAAUUGUUGGAUUUGGUUUUGUAUGGUAGGCAGGAAAGGACAUUGUUAGAUAGAUAUACCCCUUGGGAAGGACACCCUCUGUUUCUACCAAAAGAAGUAUGUGUCUUACCGAGCACGGUACCAGGUUCGAGCUUUGGAGUUUUCUGCACAACAGCUAUCAAGAAGGGGUCAGAGAUGGGACCCUAUCCUGGUCAUGUGGUAUCAAAGCUGGAUGAGACGAAAUCGGCGCAUGCGUGGGAGGUAGGUCGGGGACGACAAAAUAUACAUUGCACUGGUGCUAUCAUCGGCUACAUGGACGGAGGUCAGAAUCCCGGAAACUGGUUGACACACGUGCAGUGCGCGCGCACUGAACGCGAACAGAAUCUAGAAAUUGUACAGAUAGGAACAAAAAUAUUCUACAGAGCAAUAAAGGAGAUUGAACGUGGGCAAGAGUUGCUCGUCUGGUACGGAGAUACAUACACACUGUAUAUGGGUAUACCAGCCUGUCAUAGUAAAGGAUCAAUAAAUACAGCUAAAGAUGAAUAUAAUCGUACUUGUAAGGAAGCAACAAAUCAGAAGCAAGAGGUUCUAACAAAUAAAUUAUCCAGACCUUUUGGUUUGAUACUUUCCGGAAAAUGGCACUGUGUUCUAUGUCAACGAGGUUUUAACUCGAGAAGCAAUCUACGUUCGCACAUGCGCAUACACACUUUAGAGAAACCGUUUUCCUGCAAAUUCUGUGCAAGAAAAUUCAGCCAGUCUUCAACACUCCGAAAUCAUAUCCGGUUACAUACAGGUGAAAAACCUUACAGAUGCGUCAAAUGCAACAGUUCCUACUCACAGCUGGCAGGUCUCAGGGCGCACCAACGCAGUUCAACUCAUAGACCUACGCACGUGCAUAGAACGUAGCGCAUGCGUACAAUUUUCCUCGUGACUAGAUCAUUGCACAACGUGCAUACAUAUACAAAAACAGACACUGUGUUAUAUUACUACAAGGAAAUUCAUUCCGCCGCCAAGUGUUGUGUCUGGAGUACAUUUAUUGCAAUAUGAAAAAUCACCUAAUCAUUACUUUAUUAAACUGACUGGUUACAAAUUAUUAACAUUAGCACAUAAUGCAAUAUAUGUUAUAAACUAACAUUACAAAUCCUCUACCUGCAAUAACAUUGACAUUGCGAGUAGGUGGUCUCUUUACAUACAAAAUUAAAGUAAUUAUUUCACCAACUAAGGUCAGCACCAGUGAAAAGUUCUUAUAUGCAGGAGCAUGUGUAUGAAGUUUCACAGAAAUGCAGUUUGUUGGGAAAUGU